AUGGAAGAUUAAAAAGCUAGAAAAAUAUAAAAGUAGACAUUCUUUUUUUAUAGUAGAGCUUGGAGGUCAUUUACAAAUAGAAAAAUAUUCUAAUAUUAUAAAGACAUCAUUUUAUUUAAGUGCAAGUACUGAAUAAUAAUUAAUAUUAGAGGAAACCCAGCUCGAUUAUUAAAAGCUAUUAACCCUAACGAGGCUCAAUUGCUCGAUGCUGCUUGCAAAUCACACAUUAGAUUUCGACUUGGUGGAGAAGUAUAUUAUUUUUCUUAUUAUUUCAGCAAUUUCCUCCUAUAAUUUACUAUAAAAUUUAUAGUCACGGAGGAAUUAUAGAUUUAAAUUCCUUUGCUCCUAGAGAUUAUUCAUCAAUAUAAAGAGAUCCUGUUCCUCAUGAAAAAGUUGCAUAUUUUGAAUAUAAGAAAAAUUAAUAAAAAUACGAUAAUCAAGGAUGGUAUUUAAGGCUAGAUAACAAUGGAUGGAGACCAGUUUAAUUUAUUUUAAUAACAAUAGAUCUCUAACAAAUAAAUGAUCAAAGCAGACUUUGUUGAAUUAUACACAGCCAAUAAAAUUAGAUAUUAUCAUCAUAAAAAAGACAAGAGAGAGGAAAAAGUGAUUAAGAAGACAAGACUCAAUAAAUUGAAAUGGGCAUAAAGUAUUUAAAAAUAAAAAGAGGGAACUCAAUAGAAUAAAGAAGUUUAAUAAGCUUAAGACUUCUUCACUCAAACUAAGUAAUAUUUAGAAAUGGAUGAUGUAAAAUUUCAUAUUAUUCUAAGGAUGAAUUUGAUAAAGAAGUAUAAAAUCUUAUAGAUUGGAGUGAAAAUUUGGAUUAUGAUAAAUAUAUGACAGAAUGGUUUUAACUUUCUACUUCUAAUGCAAGUGAAAAUUAUGUUGUUUAGUAAAUUCAUGUAAAUAAAAUGAUUAUUUUAUAGUAAACAAAAAUUGAUUCAGUCUUUAAAGGAACUUGACAGCUU